AUGGGAUGGGCAAUAGUAGAGCUUGCGCAGAUCUUUUCCUUACGUGGCAUGAGAAUGGAGCGCAAAGUUAAAGAUGAAUUUUGUUAUUUAAUAUAAUUAAAUAAUACAUUUGUUUUCUCAAAAUUAUAUUGGGAACGUUUUCUCUUCACUACAUUUUACGAAAUUACCAUAUCGGCCUCCUUUCCCUGGACAUCAUGAAUUCACAGUAUGGAAGUUCUGGUCCGUACAUGCCACCUUAUGCUCAACCACCUCCUCCAAAUGCCUAUAAUGCCUUUGGAAUGCAGAGUGAACCAGCUCCAAAUAAAAGUAUGUCUGCAACUGCUUAUGGCUAUAGUGGUGUACAUAAUGGUCCAUCAAAUGUUCUUCCUGGACAGAGGCCUAACCCAAAUGCUUUUCAAGUGCCAUCUGCUUCAGUGCCUGCAUCCAGCCAAGUUAACCAGUUAUCAAAUGAAAUGAAUGCAAUGCACCUUUCACAGAAUCAAAACCAUUUGUUAGUAACAGGGCACCAUUCAAAUCACAGACUUCCUAAUAACUUAUCAGAGCCUCCUAGUUCUCUUUCUCCUAAUUCUACAGGACACCAACAAUAUUGGCAGCAAUCUUCCAGACUUCCUCACAAUCCAGAGGGUGCGUUUAAUCAACCUCCUUCAAAUGCAAAUUAUCUACCAUCCAGCACUGUGGAACAUCCAUACUCUGUUCCACCUCCCCCACAGGGUACAUCUUUUCCUCCAAACAUGCAGCAAAAUGAGAGGACUAUAUCCCCUGCUCCCCCCUUAGGCGACCAGGUGAAUCAACCACAUUUCGGCAGGCCCAACCAGGCAAUGCCUAAUCAGGAGAUGUAUCCUCCAUCUGUGCAACAGCGUCAAUACCCUAUGUCCAGGCCUCCUAUGCCAUAUACAAAUGGAACAAGUGGGCCAACUCCUCCUGGCAGCCAUUAUGGGCAACAUGGUUCAAGCAUGCAUGCUCGAUAUCCACCAGCAUCCAUAUCUCCAAGUCCAUCUCAAUCGGCGCCUCAAUAUCCUCAGCCUGGCAAUAUUGGAGCAACUUCUAAUCGACUAGGGAGUUUGCCUCAGCCUUCUGGUCAGCGACGGCUAGAUCCUGAUAAUAUGCCUAGUCCGAUUCAAGUGAUUGAAGAUGAUAGGAAGUUAAGAAGUUGUUCCUUUUCCACUGCUCAAAGAGGACUGGUGCCUCCAUUAGUUACAACAGAUUUUUCUGUUAUUGAUGAAGGUAUAUGCAGUCCCAGGUUCAUGCGAUCAACAAUUUAUAAUGUGCCUACAACAGCUGAAAUGCUUAAACAAACUUCUGUACCAUUUGCCAUUGCUGUCAGUCCAUUUGCAAGGUUACACAAAGAUGAAUAUCCACCUCCCAUUGUAGACCCUGGUGAAGAAGGGCCUGUGCGAUGUCAUAGAUGCAGAGCAUAUAUGAGUCCUUUCAUGCAGUUUAUUGAUGCCGGUCGAAGAUUUCAAUGUAUGCUUUGCAAAGCCACUACGGAAGUACCUGCAUAUUAUUUUACACACCUUGAUCACAUGGGAGAGCGAGUGGAUAAGAUGGAAAGACCAGAACUAUGUUUAGGAUCGUAUGAAUUUAUUGUGAACCGAGAUUAUUGCAAAGAAGGAAAGUUUCCCAAUUGUCCAGCUUUUAUAUUUUUAAUUGAUGUCUCAUAUAACAACAUUAGAAAUGGAAUGGUCAAAACGCUAUGUGACAACAUGAAAUAUGUCCUUGCAGGUUUACCAAGAGAACAUAAUGCUGAAAGUUCAAAAAUUAGAGUUGGAUUUAUAACAUACAGUUCAGUCAUUCAUUUUUUCAAUAUAAAUAGUAAUUUAGCGCAACCCCAGAUGCUUGUUGUUUCAGAUGUUAAUGAUAUGUUCAUGCCUCUGUUAGAUGGAUUUCUUGUUGAAAUAUCUGAAGCAGAACAUGUUAUAAAUAGCUUAGUGGAACAAAUUCCUACUAUAUUUGCUGAUUCCCGUGAAACGGAAACUGUUCUUGGUCCUGCAAUACAAGCUGGAUUGGAAGCAUUAAAGGCUGCAGAAUGUGCUGGAAAGCUGUUUGUCUUUCAUUCUACUCUACCUAUUGCUGAAGCCCCUGGAAAAUUGAAAAGCAGGGAUGAUAGGAAGUUACUUGGGACAGAAAAAGAAAAGACUAUUUUAAAUCCACAGACUUCCUUUUAUAAUAACUUGGGUCAAGAAUGUGUAAAAGCUGGGUGUUCUAUAGAUCUAUUUCUGUUCAAUAAUGCCUACAUUGAUGUUGCUACUCUAGGUCAAGUGUGUCGCUUGACAGGAGGACAUCUGUACAAAUAUACUUAUUUUCAGUCUGAUAUUGAUGGUAUGAGAUUUAUUGAAGAUUUGAGAAGAAAUAUUGAAAAACCCAUAGCUUUUGAUGCAGUUUUACGUAUAAGGACAAGUACUGGUGUGCGACCUACAGACUUUUCUGGAUGCUUUUUCAUGUCUAAUACAACUGAUGUGGAAUUGGCAUCAGUAAAUUGUGAUAAUUCUCUUGCAAUCGAAAUCAAGUAUGAUGAUAAACUCACAGAGGAGGAAGGAGUCUGCAUUCAAUGUGCUGUAUUAUAUACCAGUUGCUCCGGACAAAGAAGGUUGCGUGUCCAUAAUCUUGCACUUAAUACAUGUUCUCAAAUGGCAGAACUCUUCAGGCACUGCGAACUUGAUACCAUGAUGAAUGUGUUUCUCAAAGAGGGUAUUCGCAGAAUAUUGGAUGAAAGUCCCAAACAAGUCAAAGAUUACUUUAUAUCUCGCAGUGCACAGAUUUUGGCAUGUUACAGGAAAAAUUGUGCACAAGCCUCAUCUGCUGGGCAGCUUAUUCUACCUGAGUGCAUGAAGCUUCUUCCUUUGUACAUAAAUUGUUUAAUAAAAUGUGAUGCAUUAGCUGGUGGUCAAGAGAUGUCUACAGAUGAUCGUAGCUUCAUAAUGGUUGGAGCAUUAAAUAUGGAUGUUGAUUCAUCUGCUGCAUAUUUAUAUCCAAGACUUCUUCCACUUCAUGAAAUUGUCCUCAAUAAUUCAGAAAGUAUUCCAAUCCAAUUACCAACUGCUAUCAGAUGUUCUGUGGAAAGGUUAAAAGAACAUGGAAUUUAUCUUUUAGAAAAUGGAUUAACAAUGUUUCUAUGGGUUGGCCUGAAUGCAGAUCCAGAAUGGGUUCAAGAUGUCUUUGGAGUUCCUACUGUAGUCAGAGUAGAUGUUGAAAAGAACCACUUACUAGAACUAAAUAAUCCUCUUUCUCUGCAUAUAAGAAACAUUUUGAAGCAAAUUCAAAGUGAAAGACAAAGAACUAUGAGACUGUAUAUAGUGCGACAAGGUGAGAAGUUAGAGUUGCUGUUCAGACAACUUCUCGUGGAAGAUCGAACAACAGAAGGCAGUGCCUCUUAUGUGGACUUUCUAUGUCACCUUCACAAAGAAAUAAGAACUUUGCUCUCUUGAAAUUAGAAACAAGGAAUAUUUCCUUGAGAAUAUGCAAUAUAUUGCUAUGCAGUCUCAAUCCAGAAAAAUAUUUUUUUUACACCAUCCUAUGUCGUCAUAUGAAGAAAUAUUCUUGAAAGAUGACCAAAAUAAAAACCUCACAUAUGUAAGUGCUAGUUUAAAUCAAUACAUUGAUGAUUACAAUAACAGUUCAUGGAUUCCUUUUUUUCCCCCUCUUGGAAUUCUUUUAACAUAAGGCAAAUAAGAUGAAACCUAUUCAAGUUUUUAUUAUUCAUUUUAUGGCAAACUUAAAGUUUUGAAUGUAUUGUAAAAAAAAAAAAAAAUACAAUCAUAGCUGGAGAAAGAAAUUUGGUUGUAAUGUAUGACUUAAUUUGUAGUUUAUUUGUAGCAAUUAAAUUAUUCUGAGAAUAAAUUUUUAUUAUCAA